CAGGGGGUUUAAUAAGGGGGGCUCAGGAGUUGGUCUUGCUCUGUUCUGGGUGGUGGGGAUUGGACGUCCUUCCUCAUUUUUAUCAAAUUAUUUAUUUAUUUAUUCUUUUUUUUAACUCAUUGAAACUACAUUAAUUCCCAAAUAAGUAAGGAAACAUGAAUUGGAGCUGGGUGGUUGUGGCAGUCCUUCUGUCUUGCGGGGGACCGUCAUGGGGUGAGGAGGGUUUGGACUUCCCUGAGUACGAUGGCACGGACCGGGUCAUCGAGCUGACUGCCAAGAACUACAAGUCUGAGAUGAAGAAGUAUGAUGUGAUGGUUCUGUACUACCAUGAGCAUCCCGGAACAGACACCGUUUCCCAGAAACAGUUUGAGAUCGAGGAGCUGGCCCUAGAGCUUGCAGCUCAGGUCCUUGACGACCUUGACGAUGAGGAAAUUGGAUUCUGCCUUGUUGAUGAAAAGAAGGGCAGUAUUGUUGCUAAGAAACUAGGACUGGAGGAGGUUGACAGCAUCUAUAUCUUCACCGAGGACGAGAUCAUUGAGUACGAUGGGGAGCUUGCUGCAGACACAAUUGUGGAGUUCAUAUUUGAUGUUCUUGAAGACCCCGUUGAGAUCAUUGAGAAAGAUGGAGAAGUUAAAGGUUUCCACAACAAUGAGGAGGACAUCAAACUGGUGGGCUACUUUAAGAGUGAAAAGUCCGAACAUUAUUUGGCCUAUGUGGACGCGGCUGAGGAGUUCCAUCCACACAUCAAGUUCUUUGCUACAUUCACUCCCAAGGUUGCCAAAGAUCUGGGCCUGAAGGUGAAUGAAGUGGACUUCUAUGAGCCCUUCAUAGAUGAACCCAUAGUCAUCCCUGGAAAACCCUACACAGAGGAGGAACUUGUUGCAUACAUUGAGGAUCACGACAGACCAACCAUGAGGAAGAUGGAACCAGAUAACAUGUAUGAGAUCUGGGAGGACGACAUCGAUGGCGAGCACAUCAUUGCAUUUGCAGAGGAGGAUGACCCAGACGGUUUUGAGUUUCUGGAAAUCCUGAAGGAAGUAGCAGAGGAGCACAAUGAUAAUCCCAACCUCAGCAUUGUCUGGAUUGACCCAGAUGAUUUCCCCCUGCUUGUCCCAUACUGGGAGAAGACCUUUGGAAUUGACCUGGGCUCUCCCCAGAUUGGUGUUGUGGAUGUUGAAGAUGCUGACAGUGUAUGGAUGGAAAUCGACGAUGAUGACGACCUGCCAAGCGCAGAUGAGCUUGAGGAAUGGAUCGAAGAUGUUCUGUCCGAUGAAAUUGAUCCAGAUGAUGAUGACGACGAUGAUGAUGACGAUGAUGAUGAUGAUGAUGAUGAUGAUGAUGACGAUGAUGAUGAUGACGACGACGAUGACGACGACGAUGAUGACGAUGAUGAUGAUGAUGACGACGACGAGGAUGACGACGAUGACGAUGAUGAUGAUGAUGAUGAGUAAAUUGUUGAUGUCAUCAAUGUAUAAAUCUGGCCAAUAUAUCAUAAUCUGGCCAAUCAACAUCAUCACCUUCCUCAAAUCUUCCUUGUUCUCUGUUGAAAUAAGUCAUUAGGUUAAAUCUGUCAGCUCUUAUGGACAUCUUCAUGUUUUCAACAUCCUCACUCAGAGCAUCUUUCAAAAAGAUUGUUCUAUUUCCCAAGCUAUCCUAAACUCCCUUUGCUUUGAAUUCAUAAAAUACAGUACUUUCUCAAAGUCCCAGUCAAUUUUUUAUUCACACCUGUAACUUUGCCAUCAGUACAAUAUGAAAAGGGAAAACAUAAAACAUUGAUUUAGAAAAUAAUAUUUUCACAACUGAAUUAUUGGAUAUUCACUAGCACUUACCCUAAAAACACCUAAUGCUUCUGAUUUUAUAUUUCAGACAAAUAGAAGGGUUAACUCUGCAUUUUAAGUCUAAGGCCAUCUGUAAACUUGUUGUUUGGAUGUAUUUUAUUUUUGUUUUAUUUCUCUGGAAUAAAUGUUCGCCCCUCUCCCAACUUGUAAAAUCCAAGGGUGCAAGCCGGCUUUUCCUGCAGGUCAAAGGUCAUACCAGCCUACUCAGUUAAAUUAUUGUAACUUUACUUGAAAAGGGCGGUUAGCUUUUUUUCUUCUUGUGCACUGAAAAGUGCUGUAAAUCACAUGGAUGUUUUCUACUGAUAAAGAAAUAUAACAACAACAGUAUUCUAUUUUUUUAAACAAGAAAACUUAAACAUACUGUAAAGUCUUAAAAUAAAUGACAGCUUGGAAAAAUAUACAAAAAUGACUGGUGUUCUGGAUUCUUGUGCGCAUGUGUGCUCUUGUGUGCGAGAGAGACAGAGAGAAUAAACCGUCAUUUCUAUUAUUUGUCAUGCAUUGAAACUGUACCAUAAAACGAUAAAAGAUCAAAGCAA